AUGGAAAUAAUCUUCCCCGUUAUUUUAGGCAUUAUACUGAUAGAAUAUGGAACAAAUUGGCCGAUUUGUUUCAAGAUAACAAAGCCACCCACGCCGUGCAUCUUGAAAAUCAAUUCAAACAACACCUUCCUUCGUGAUUUUCCCAACUGCACUGCCUAUGCUAAUCGACUUAAACACAUUGCUGAUCAACUAGCCAAUGUUGGUGCUAAAGUGACGAAUGAUAGACUUGUUCUUCGUCUUAUCGGUGGACUGACGGAAUCCUAUGCCACGUUUGUUACAGUGGUCCAAAACAUGUCGCCUUUACCCUCCUUUGCCAAGGCCAAAUCAAUGCUUCUUCUAGAUGAAACAAACAAGAAGCUUCUUUCCUCCCACGACCAAGGUACGGAUUCCGCAUUACUUGUUGCUUCUAAUACUAAUCAUGGUGCUUCCUCUAAUAUCUCUCAGAACCAUGACAAUCAUUCUCAAUAUUCUGGAAAUCGGGGUCGGCGAAACAAUAACAACAACCGCAGCCGCAACAAUGGCAACCGUAACAAUGGGGGUGGCCGUGGCAGCAGGCACCAAUCUCACGGUGGUCAGGCCCAUAACCAGAACCACCAGCCACCUCGCUCAACCCCCCAGCUGCAGUUCUGGGCCUACCCUCAAUGGCCCACUUGGGGUCAGCCGUGGGCUACCCCACCCUGCCCAUAUCCGACGACUGCUUGGCAACCACGCAUGCCUUCCAACAAGCAACAAGGUGUCCUUGGUCCUCGCCCAUCAUCAGCUCAGUCCUUCUUGGUCGCAAGCCCAGUCCCGAGUGACGCAGGAUACACUCCAACGACCGUUGAAGCUGCUAUGCACACUCUCUCUCUCACUCCACCAGAUGAUAACUGGUAUAUGGACACUGGUGCUACAUCCCACAUGACGGCAAAUAGCGGUAAUCUCUUGUCCUAUUUUAAUUUGAGCAAGCAACAUGCUAUUAUUGUUGGUAAUGGACUUGCGGACGGGGAAACCCCUACUGAGAUGUGA